CUUUAGAUGCUCCUGCUCCAUUGAGUAUUAGUGAUAAAAUCUAAAAGUUAGUAUUAAGUUGGAAGAACCCAGAUUCUCCAGUUCCAAUUCUAAAAUAUAAAAUAAACGUCCAAUCACUGAAGCCAUACAACAGCUCAUUCUUUUUUUUCAAUACAAUGGAAACAAAUAUUACAAACAUAACCAUUGAAGUUGAUUUUCAUGCAGCCAUCUUUAAUAUAUCUGUAGAUGCUGUGUAUGAUGAAGAUUAUACUGUUAAAGGAGAAAGUACACAGCAUUAUUCCAAUCCAAUUUCACCUCCAACACCAAUUUUUGAAUUGUUAAAAUACUUUGAUAACUGCACUGAAGUAUUUGAAUAUCAGUUUUAUAGUGUAUCUGAUAUCAAUGGACCUGUCAGUUUUUAUGAGAUAAUUAUUGCAUAUGAGAACAUAUCUUCACUGAAUAUGGAAACAUUGACUUUAAAAGAUCAAUCCACUGCUGAUUCAUUAAAUCUUUCCUAUUUUUUGGCUGCAAAGUUUCCUUCAAAUAAAUUUAUUUCCAGCUCUUUAAAAUUUUAUGAAGGUUCAGAAACAGUGAAUAAUUUGAAUGCUAGGCUGUCUACACUUAGGAAAUUGUUUCUUUAUGUUCGUGCUGUCAUUAAAAUGAAGAAUACUUUGUUUAGCAACUUAACAUAUUAUGGUAAUCCCAUAAUGUUGACUAUAGAUCGCAAAUCACUACCUAUAAAUAAUUUAAAAUUCGAUAAACGUCAUGGUCAUAUCAUUGCUUUAGUGAAAGGAACUUCAAAUACAAAAAUUUAUGAAGUUGUUGCAAUGAAAAUUAACAUGAGUACAAUCAUUAAAAAUGCUACAUCAACUUAUAAAGACUUUAAAGUUUAUGAAACUGCAGAUUAUAAUGAACCUUACAUUGCUGCUUCAUUUAAUGCUUCUAUGUAUGAAAAGUACAAAUAUUUUGUUUUAGGCAACAAUGAGAAGUUUGAAGGUUAUCAAUUUAAUAAUGAUCAAAACAAUACUAAUCAUUAUUUAAAUGGUAAACUGAUUCCUGGUCAAACAUAUACAUUGUUUCAAAGAAAUAUUCUAGAUGAUGGUCGUAUAUACACAAGUCCAUGGCUACCUGAGUUUAUUGCAUUAUCUAAGUUUACUCCUUCAAUUAGUAAAUCAUCAACACACUCAUAUCUUUUUGGAUUAAUUGUGAUACCUGUUUUAUUUUGCGGUUUGAUUGCAUUUUUUAAAAUGAGAAAAAAAUUUAACAAAGAUAAAUUAGUGCAGUCUAAAGUAAUCCAUAAUAGAAAUAAUGAAGAUACGAUGCAAUAUCAGGAUUUGUCUUUAAAAUACAAUAAUCCCUACACUGCCUUACAAACUGUUCAGAAAUGGCCACCAGUGUUUGUUAAUGCUUUUGCUGCUUAUUACUUAAAUGUAAAAAAAAACGAUUAUAAAGAUCUUAUGACACAAUAUGAAAGUGUUUCUAAAAACAAAAUAUAUCCACAUACUGAAGCUACAAAAUAUCCACAUAAAAAUAGAUAUGCAAACAUUGUCCCAUAUGAUCACUCACUAGUCAAAUUAGUUUCAGAUUUCACUAAUGAAAAUACUUAUAUUAAUGCAAAUUAUAUACCCUCCUACUCCAAAAAAGUAAUUUACAUUGCAACCCAGGCUCCUAAGAAUGAAACUAUUGUUGACUUUUGGCGAAUGAUAUUUCAGGAAAAGCCUAAAGCUGUUAUUAUGCUUACUAAUCUAGUUGAAAAUGAUAAAAUAAAAUCUGCUCAAUAUUGGCCAGAAAGUAAUGAAGAAUAUGGCAGCCUUAAUGUUUGCGUUAUAAAAACAGAAAACUUUGCUGAUUAUAUUAUUCGUUAUAUUUCUUUAAAUUUCAAAGAAGUAAACCAUCAUUUUAUUCAUAUGCAGUUUACAUCUUGGCUUGAUAAUGGUUGUCCCGAAUACCCAACAAUGUUACUAUACUUUUGUCAUCGAUUUCGUUGUUUAGUGCCAUAUUCAGAUAAAUCUCUCACUGUUGUGCACUGCAGUGGUGGAGUUGGUCGCACAGGUGUUUUCAUUUUACUUGAUGAAAUGUUGCAGUUAAUUAAAUCAGAACAAAAAGUUGAUAUUUUCAAUUAUUUUGAAACUAUUCGUCAAAACAGAAUGCAAAUGGUUCAAUCAAAAGAGCAAUACAUAUUUGUUUAUGAUGCAAUUUAUGAAGCAGUAACAUGUGGUCAAACUGGUAUUUCAAUAUCAAAUUUCCAAACAAUUGUUAACAAUCUACUCAUGAAAGAUUUUUCCUCUGGAAAAAAACUUAUUGAGGAUGAAUUUAAAAUUCUUAAAAGCAUUUCUCCAGUUCGAGAAAGUUGUUCUGAGACAGAAUAUUUGAGGAAAAAUCAAUACUCUCAAAUUUUGCCUGGAGAUAACUUACUGGUAUCAAAUGAACUUUACCUUAAUGCUGUUUUUGUUGACGGUUAUAAACGAAAAAAAGCUUUUAUAGCAACUCAGCGUCCAUCUCAAUCUACAGUCGCAGAGUUUUGGUAUGUUCUAAAGAAACAUAAUGUUUCAACUAUUAUCUACCUUACCUCUAGAAACGAAAAAAAAGAACCAUCAUAUUAUAAAUUUUAUCCAUCAGAUUGUGAUUUGAAACUCGAUGGUGUCACUGUACAAUUGUUAUCUGAAGAAAAGUUAGAGUCUGUAAUUAAAAGAAACUUGUCGGUAUCUCUUGAGAAUGAAACUUUUAUGUGCAUGCUGGAGUUUAACUUUUGGUCUGAUAAUUGUUUACCAAGUUUUGACCUAAUUUUACAGUUGAUUACUGAAGUAUCUAAAUCACAGCAAUAUUUAGGAAAUGAUAUUGUUGCAGUUGUUUGCAACAACGUAUUUAGUCGCUCUGGUGUUUUUAUUUCAUGUUUUAAUGCAAUUGAACAGUUGCAAAUCGAAGGGCUAGUUGAUAUAUUUCAAGUGGUGCGUCGAACUCAAUUAGCACAUCCUCAUUUUGUUCAAACUUUAUCUCAAUACGAAUUUGUUUACAAGUUGAUAAACAAUUAUAUGGAAACAUUUUCCUAUUAUUCAAAUCUUACAUGAACUAUUCAGAAAGAAAAACGUACCAAACGUUUGAUAUAUAAAGUUGACAGAAAAAAAACUGUUUAACUUUUUUUUAAAGAAAAAACAUUUUUUAGAGUUUUUUUUUUUCUUUUAAAAUUAUAAAUA